AACCAAUUUUGUUCUUCUUUGAUUUUUUUGUUUCUCUUCAUUUUUGUUCUUUCUAUUUCUAACGUAGCUUGAGAGAUCGACGAUGUCGUCGAAGAAAUCUCUAGUUCAAAGUCUCUUCAACAUUUCCAAAACCUACUCCAGGAUUUCGGGUCUUACCCGAAUGCGUCCGACCAAAUCCGGCAUUCCUCCCGACGCCGGAGAUUCUGGAAUCCGCCGCAGAUUUCUCCACAAGAGGGCAUUUUUCUCGCCGGAGUUAGUUCCUAAAGGAGGUAAUUUGAUGGAGAAACUCAGGGAAUUGAGUUUGUCCAAUAAUAAUCGUAUUAGGCUUGACGAGAUGUUACCGCCACCUUCGCCGGCGAAAUCAUCACCGGAGUUUUUUCCGGCGGUCACGGUGGAAGACGUGAAGAAGCUGAUGAGAGCAGCGGAAAUGGAGAUGGUGAAAUCGAAGCUGAGAGAGAUUGGGAAGAACUGGGUUCCUUAUUCGGAGUUUGUUCGGGUCUGCGGAGAAAACAGUUCGGAUCCUGAACAAGGUAACCGGGUCGCGAAUAUGCUUGAUGAAGCUGGAAACGUCAUCGUUUUGGGGAAAUUCGUCUGCCUUAAACCUGAAGAGCUAACAAGCGCCAUGGCUGGUCUGAUUCCGACACUCGAACCCACUAUCGACGCCGCGACAAGACAAGAGUUCGAACAACUUGAGAUUAUAAAAUCAGAUAUCGACAAAAGAGCCGAUGAUCUGGUUCGAAAAGAAUUAUGGGCCGGAUUAGGCCUAAUUAUGGCCCAAACAAUUGGAUUUUUUAGGCUGACGUUUUGGGAACUGUCGUGGGACGUGAUGGAACCCAUAUGCUUCUACGUAACUUCGACAUAUUUCAUGGCUGGUUACGCCUUCUUCCUCCGAACUUCAAAGGAACCUUCCUUUGAAGGGUUUUACAAAAGCCGGUUCGAGACGAAGCAGAAACGUUUGAUUAAAAUGCUUGAUUUCGACAUAGAUCGAUAUACCAAGCUACAGAAGAUGCAUCGUCCAGACUUUACUAAAUCUGGUCGUUGUUGAUCGUAAUUCUUUUCUUCUUCUUUUUCCUAAAUCGGAUACUAAUUAAAUGUAUAAACGACUAAAAUUUUC